GCUUCUUUAGAUAAAGAUCAAGAGACCAGACUUUCCAAGUUUAUCAAGGAAGCAAGAAGCAAUAGAGGCCAAAAGGCCAAGAGAAAAUCCAUAUGAAAAGAGGGUCGUAAAUAGUUACUUUUCACCGUAAGGAAAAGCUAAUGAAGGAAAUCCUAUGCAAGCAUCCCAUCUCUUUGAUCUCUGUCCUGGGAGAGGCUUGCCUGCUCCUCUCGCCCCAGACAGGGACUGCUAAAGGAACAGAGGGCUCAAGAGAGAUAGGAAACAACACAAAGGAAUCUUACUGUUAAAUGAUUCCUGACACCUAUGAUACAGCAAUUCGACUCCCAGGUAUUCACUCCACUGAAAGGCACAUAUAUGUCAAUCAAAAGAUAUAGUCUUGAAUAUUCAGAGCCCUAUACCUAGGAGUCCCAACCGGAAACUACCAAAAGCCUAUAGUCAGUAAUAUCUGACCAAUACUUUUAUGAUCACAAAAUAAAAUACUAUUUGGCAGAGAUAAAGAACAAUUUACAACUAAAUUCAAAAAUAGCAAUGAAUCUCACAAAUGUAAUGUUCACGAAAGCAGACAAUAAAAACGGCACACUGGAGGAUUCAUCACCAUUAAAUGCAGAGUUGGGAAAAACUAACCCGUUUUGUUGGACUCAAAACCUUGGGCAAGGGAAAGUGCUACUGGGGUGCUGGCAAUGAUGUUUCUAGACCCUUGAGCUUGGUUGCCCAAGUACGUUCGGGUUACGAAAUACAUUGAAAUAUACACGUAGGAUUUAUGCAGGGUUUUUUUGUGUGUGUGUGCGUGUAUGUGUAUAACUCUUUAAAAGUUUUAGAAAAAAAAAGUUGGGAGAAGCUAGAAUUCUUGGAAUUUUGCCUAAAGGCAUUCAACUCCGGUUUCACCACGAAUCCGUACCCAACUCGCUUCACUCCAACAAGCGAAGGAUUGAAAAGAGGCGUCGGCGGGGCGGGUUCAGCGCCACCUUAUAGACAGCAGAAAAUCCCUGUGCGCCCCGCCCUGAGCCAGAAGAAACACCCGGUGCUUUUACCUCCGACGAGCAGGCGUCCGAAACCUAAGAGGACGCCUCCAGAGGCGGCUUAGCUACAGACCUCUCUCGGCUCCAGGCGACGCCUGACACUCUCGGACUUCCGAGCGCCGUCCACCCGACCUGAGGCAAAAACUCAAGUAGCCGACCGCGCUUUCACGCUCAGGGUCCAGACUGUGGCUCUGGGCCCGGGAUGGUGGCGACCGUGACGCUGGAGCCGGCGGGCCGCUGCCGCUGGGACGAGCCCGUGCGCAUCGUUGUCCGCGGCCUGGGGCCGGGGCAGCCGGUCACGCUGCGCGCGUCCCUGCGCGACGAGAAGGGCGCGCUCUUCAGGGCCCACGCGCGCUACUGCGCCGACGCCGCCGGCCUGCUGGACCUGGAGCGCGCGCCCGCGCUGGGCGGCAGCUUCGCGGGGCUCGAGCCCAUGGGGCUCUUCUGGGCUCUGGAGCCCGAGAAGCCUUUUUGGCGAUUUCUGAAGCGGGACGUGCAGACUCCCUUCGCCGUGGAGCUGGAGGUGCUCGACGGUCACGAGCCCGAGACCCAGAGACUCCUGGGCCGGGCGGUGCACGAGCGCGACUUCCUGGCGCCCGGGGUGCGGCGCGAGCCGGUGCGCGCGGGUCGGGUGCGCGCCACGCUCUUCCUGCCGCCAGGAUCUGGACCUUUCCCAGGGAUCAUUGACAUCUUUGGUGUCGGAGGAGGCCUGUUGGAAUAUAGGGCCAGCCUUCUGGCUGGCCAUGGCUUUGCCACAUUGGCUCUAGCUUAUUCUAGCUUUGAAGAUCUCCCCAAGAAUUUUGAUACCAUCGACCUGGACUACUUUGAAGAAGCCCUGUGCUACAUGCUUCAACACACCCAGAUAAAAGGCCCAGGCAUUGGCCUUCUGGGCAUUUCCUUAGGGGCUGAUAUUUGUCUCUCCAUGGCCUCAUUUUUGAAGAAUGUAUCAGCCACAGUGUCCAUCAAUGGAUCUGGGUUCAUUGGAAACAAAGCUAUGUCCUACAAAGAGAACAGCAUUCCACCACUGGGCCAUGACCUGAGGCGAGUGAAGGUAGCUUUCUCAGGCCUCCUAGACAUUGUGGAUGUAAGGAAUGACAUUGUAGGGGGGUGCGAGAACCCCUGCAUGAUUCCAAUAGAGAAAGCCCAGGGGCCAAUCCUCUUCAUUGUUGGUCAGGAUGACCGUAACUGGAGGAGUGAGUUUUAUGCCCAGAUAGCCUCGGAACGGUUACAGGCCCAUGGAAAGGAAAAACCCCAGAUCAUCUCUUAUCCUGGGGCUGGGCACUACAUUGAGCCUCCUUAUUUCCCCAUGUGCCCAGCUUCUUUGCACACGUUCUUGGACAAACCCGUAAUGUGGGGUGGGGAGCCCAGGGCCCAUUCUAAGGCCCAGGUAGAUGCCUGGAAGCAAAUUCUAACCUUCUUCACCAAACACCUUGGACCUUCCCCCAAAUUGUAAUGCACUGCUCUGCUACUGACAGGAGAGAGAGAUUCAAGGUUGGAUUUUAGUGUUUAAUAAUCUUAUGUGAAUCAUUUGUCCUCUGGGUAACAUUAAAUUCAUGUCAUUGUUAUUAAUGAUGUAGGAAACUUUUUGAAGUUUUAUUUCAUUAUGAAUUUUUCUAAUGUAACACAUACCUCUUAUAGAAGAUUGGAUUAAAAGUAUACAAUACAAAAUAGUAAAAAGUAUCCCCACUA